CUGUUGGUCAGAUCAACACUUACCACGCACCAAGCAACCAUCAUGAACGGAUACUUCGUACCGCAGCCGCACGAGAAGCCGGCACCGCAGGCGCCGAAGCGACCGAACUCGAAGAUGUACACAAUGAAGGAACUCCGUCACUGUGCGGGCAGUGAGCUGCCGCUGCACCUGGACGUGAGCGCGACCAAGAAGGAGGAGGGUUACGCCGUAUAUAACUUCACAACGUCGAGCGUAUCGACGCAGAACAGGUGGUACGCGUCGUACCGAUACUCGGAGUUCCUGGCGUUCCGCAACCAGGUGGAGGAAGUGUGGACGUGCCAAGACGAGAAAUGCCAGGGUUCAUGCCAAUCUCUGCGUGAUCUCAUCGAGGCGUGCUUUCCAAAGAAGGCCGGCAUCAUGUCGACGUGGUCGUUCAUGGUGGAGGACCGCAAGACUAAGUUCAAGAACGUGCUGGUCCACUUGCUGCGAUCGGUGCUGCUUCCGGGCAGCACGAUGAAGUGCUUCCACGCGCGUCAGCAUCUGCCUCCGGCCGUAUUCGAGUUCCUAGGCAUCGAGGAUGACGCGGACAAGCGCUCACUGCUGCAGGUGUACGUGGACAACCACCAGGGCGGCAUGAAGAAGUCUGUUAGUCACACGGGUCUGUCGUCGCUGGAGCACGCCAGUCUGGGCAUGAAAAAGAUGAACUCGAUGAAGAAGUCUGCCACGACACCGAACCUGGCUCAGAUGGAGCUGGAGGCGGAGGAGAAGGGUGCCACCGUCACGGUAGAGAACCCGCAGUGCAUGAUCUGUCUGGAGGACGUGGAGGACCACGUCCACGCCGAUGGUCCGCACGGUCUUGUGACGCUCCCGUGCAAGCACUCGUUCCACCGAGAGUGUAUCUUUGAGUGGCUACUGUUCCAGUACCAUUGCCCGAUGUGCCGCUCGCAGGUAGGUCCUCACGCCAUGACGAACUACGCGUGCCCGAAGAAGCAGGAGCAAUGGUGGCUCGGCAACUUUAAGGAGAAUCCGCUGGAGCGUGAAACCAAGUAA